AUGAUACAAUAGAAAAAAUAUUUCUACAGUCUAGAAGAAUUUGAAAACUCUUUGCUUUAAUCUCAUUCAAUUAUCAAUAUUGAUCUUGAUUACCAUUAAAUUGAUGAUGAACGUGCAUCAUGCUUAGGUUUUGCUUUAGCAAAAUGCACUAAUCUCUUAAAUUUGACACUUGAAAUCUAUGAAAAUUUCAUAGGUGAUGAAGGUAUAUCAGCUUUAGGUUCUGGUUUAGCACACUGCACUAAUCUCACGAAUUUGACCAUUAAUCUCUUUGAAAAUUAAAUUGGUGCUGGUGUAUCAAACUUAAGUUUUGCUUUAGCAAACUGCACUAAUCUCUCAAGUUUGACACUUGAUCUUGGGUGUGGUAAAAUUGGCGAUAAAGGUGCAUCAGGUUUAGGUCAUGGUUUAGCAAAUUGCAAUAAUCUCUCGAAUUUGACUCUCAAUAUUAGUAAGAAUUAAAUUCAAGUUGAAGGUAUAUCAGGCUUAGGUUAUGGUUUAGAAAAGCUCACUAAACUUUCAAAUUUGAUACUCAAUGUUAGCGAAAAUUAAAUUGGCGAUGAAGGUACAUAAGGAUUAAGUACUGGUUUAGCAAAUUGCACUAAUCUCUUAAAUUUUAUGCUUAAUCUCUCUAAAAAUUAAAUUGGUACCAAAGGAGCAUCAAAUUUAGGUUCUGCUUUAGCAAACUGUAUUAAUCUCUCCAAUUUUAAACUUGAUAUUAGGGGUGGUAUAAUUGGUGAUUAAGGUAUAUCAGACUUAGGUGCUGGCUUAAUAAGCUGCAAUAAUCUCUCAAAUUUGGUACUUGAUGUUGGUUACAAUUAAAUUGGUGAUAUAGGUGUAUCAUGCUUAGGUAUUGCUAUAUCAAAGUGCACUAAUCUUAUAACUUUAACACUCUUUAUUUAUGGAAACAUAUUUGAUGAAUCACAAGAAAGGAAAAUAAAGAAUAAUUUUAUUAAAUCUAAAAAAUUAGUCCUAUUUUAUAUUGAUUUAUGA